GACUUUUGACAGAAGCUUGUGUUAAGUGGGCAGGGAGGACUGGAGCUCGACUGGGGACUACCGGACAGGGCUGAGCCCACAGCAGCGCUUGGCCAGCCUUCAGGCACGCUUAAUGGGAGUGAGGGGGCCGUUUUUGGAUGCGGCCCAGGAGGCAUGCUGAAAGAGGAGUUUGUGUGACCCUGGCUUCAUACACCACCCUGGCUUUCCCUUAAAAGAGAUUCAGGCGGGCCGCUGCUGCAAUUACAUCAGCUGCGAGAGGAACCCCAGGUUUCUUUCUGGGAAGGCGAUGGCAGUGUGAAAACUCCAAGACAAGCGAUGGCCUCAGGUUUUAUGUGUGGGGUCGAGGAUUUGCUGAUCAGCGGCAGCCAGUUUGUCUGGGACCUCACGAUCACAACCCUGAGGAAAUGGUACAUGGAGAGAGUGAGGCGCUGCCAGCAGAUUGUGCGGACGUGGUGCAGACUGGGGGAGGUUUACCAGAUGACAGAAGGCAGGCUCUGCCAGGUACACCUCUUGGAUGAGAGAAAGCUGGAAUUGCUUGUUCAGCCAAAGUUGUUGGCAAGGGAACUGCUGGAUCUGGUUUCAUCCCAUUUUAACCUCAAGGAAAAGGAAUACUUUGGAAUAACCUAUAUUGAUGACACUGGCCAAUGUAACUGGCUGCAGCUGGAUCGCAGAGUACUAGACCAUGAUUUUUCGAAGAAACCAGGGCCUGUUGCCUUGAAAUUUCUGGUCAGGUUUUACAUUGAGAGUAUAUCUUUCUUAAAAGAAAACAUUACCGUCGAGUUAUUUUUUCUGAACGCGAAAUCAUCCAUCUGCAAUGGAGACAUAGAAGUGGAAAGUGAAGAUGUUUUCAAAUUAGCAGCUUACACCUUGCAGGAAGCUAAAGGAGACUAUACAAGUGACGAAUGUACAAGAACUGACCUCAAGAAACUCCCUACUCUGCCUACCAAAGUCCUUAAGGAACACCCUUCUCUUGCUUACUGUGAAGACAGAGUGAUAGAGCAUUAUAAGAAGCUGAAGGGUAUCACUCGAGGACAAGCCAUUGUGCAGUAUUUAACUCUAGUGGAAUCUCUUCCUACAUAUGGUGUUCAUUAUUAUGAAGUAAAGGACAAACAGGGAAUUCCUUGGUGGCUUGGAAUCAGUUACAAAGGAAUAGGCCAAUACGACUUGCAGGACAAAGUCAAACCAAGAAAGUUGUACCAGUGGAAGCAACUAGAGAACCUGUACUUUCGUGAAAAGAAAUUUGCCGUUGAGGUUAACGACCCCCAUAGAAGAACAGUUUCUAAACGUACUUUUGGACAGACAGGACUGGUGAUCCACACAUGGUAUGCAAGCCAUUCUGUGAUUAAGACCAUCUGGGUGAUGGCAAUCAGUCAACAUCAGUUUUACUUGGACAGAAAGCAGAGCAAAGCAAAAAUACCAACAGCAAGAAGUUUGGGGGAUAUUGCCAUGGACCUGACUGACACAGGAGCACCAAAGAUGUCAAAACUAGGACACAUUGAAGGCAAAAAUCCACUCAUCAUGGCCAGCAAUGGGAGUCUUGUGUCCUCAGGGUCUCAGGACUCCGAGGUCAGUGAAGACCAAAAGAAAGAGAAGAUAUGCGAGCUGAAAAAGAAAGAGAAAGAUUUACAGGAUGUGCUGGCUCAGAAAUUAGAAGAAUUGAAGAAGAUAUGCUUGAGAGAAGCUGAACUGACUGGCAGGCUGCCGAAAGAGUACCCUUUAUCUGCGGGGGAAAAGGCCCCCCGUGUACGAAGAAGAGUGGGCACGGCUUUCAAACUGGACGACCUUUUUCCUUAUGAUGAGGAUCCCUAUCUGCAGAACCUGGAGAGCAGGUUUGCCCUGCAGCAGAAGAUUGUAGAAGCUGCCAAGAAGCUGGCCAGUGAGACCGAACUAUGCAAAACUGUGAAGAAAAAGAGAAAACAAAACUGUCUCGAUGCACUGAGAAGACUGCAGGAGAUAGAAGAUGAAAUCAAUGAUUACAGAAUCAAAAGUGGCAAGAGGCCUACGCAUAGAGCAUCUCUGGUCAUGGCAGAUGAUGUGAUGCGUUCUGAGUGCAGUUCCUUGUCUGACAGCCUUACACUCGAUGAUGAUGAUUCUGCUGGGGCUCAGAGAGCCCGGUCAUGCUCUGUUCAGUACUCACCCCGGCCCAGUCCCCCUCAGUCUCUGGGGAUCGAAUAUGAGCCUGAGGGAAGAGCAUCCUCCAGUGACCAACACCAUGACAAAGGCACCACCAGGUUGAAUUACAGUGACAUCAUUCAGGACUCCCUAUCUUAUGAUCACAGAGAAGCCUUAUCGACACACAGCAGCCCUUACAAAAUUCCAGCAAGGCAGCCUCGUGACGCGAGGAGCAUGCCACCAACACCAGUCAUGACACGCAAUGCCUACAGCAGCAGUCAGCUCAGGUCUGAAGGGACACCCCAGCACUUUAGGCAACGCAGUGGGAGCUUGGAAUCUCAGACGCUCCUCCUUUCAGAUGCCGAGCCGGAAAAGACGAUAUUUCCUCUCUCACCGGCCAAGAGGAGCAACAGCACCGAGGUCCUGGACGAUGGGUCGUCGUACACCAGCCAGUCCAGUGUGGAGUACGGCACAAACAGCCAGCCACACCCGCAGUACCGCACAGUGGACUCUCGCACCAGGGACCGGCGGCGGCACAAGAAGCCCAUCUAUGCAAACACAGGGAGCAUGCCCAAUCUUGCCCAGAAUGACUCCAGGUAUUGCGGGUACCCAGCCCGACCGCAUCCGACUUCCACCGCCUACUAUGUCACGGGCUACCCAGCUUAUACCGACCCUGACCCCUACUCCAACGGACCCUACAUGUACGAGAACGAAUCCGAGGGUCAUUACAACGUGAAUCCCUCGUACCGCAUGUCGAACUAUUGUGGACACGAAAGACAGUGCCGUUACUUUGAGGACGAGACGGACAGCCUCUCCCAAAACCCCUACGCAACCUUCAGACCUCCCAGGAGCAGACCAGGUGCUAAAAACGAACAAAUAACUAAAAACAUCCAGAAGGCACUGGUGGCCGAGCACCUCCGUGGCUGGUACCACCGUAACACUGGGCACAGGGACCAGGGACGCAGCCUGCUGGCAGGCUACGACUAUGACAGAGGAUCACAGCAAAGUCUAGGCUACCCCACUAUGCAUGUUCCUUUCUGCCACACCAGUAGGGCGCCAUCAUAUUCUUCAGUUUCUUCGGCUGCCAGCUCAGCAAACUGGCGCAGUCACCUGGCAGUAGGCCUCACUGAGAGUGAUGCCCUGUUUUCUGAUCGUCAGCCGUACCCCAGCUCUUACAGCACUGCCUGCACCCCCACCCCGACCCACAACAGAUCCUACAUAGAUGUGAACCAAAUGGAAAACGCCAUGAGCAGCCAAAUGGAAAACAGCUUAGAUCCUGAAGACCAGAUGUUGUACUGGCACGAGGAUUCCAAGCCUGGAACAAUAGUUUAGUCACCAGCAAGGAACUGUUUUGUGAUCAUGUUGGAUGAAACUUCAUGUGCCUUGGAUGACUUUAUUUUCCAACAAGGAUUUCCAAAAAAGUAUUCCAAGAGAUGGGAGGUCUACCUGUGAAAUGAGAAAGCUCUGCAAAGAUAUCUUACAAAAUUCUUGCACAAGCAUAUCUUAUGCAGAUGUCCAGUAAGACAUUGGCCCGAGAAAAGCUUGCUUUGGACUUGUGUAUCAAUGGCACUUGGUUUAAGUACAGAAGAGCACUCCAAAGAUACUGUCAUUAUGUUGUAGUAAAUGUGCUGUGAACAGCAACAAAAUAACUAUAGAAAAUAAGGAAUGAUAACUUCCUUGUCAGUCAAGCGUACUGGAAUCCUGAAGGAGCUUUUCUUACAAUAGGUACUAUAAAAAAUUCAGGACCCUGUUGAAAUGAAGGAUUGACUCUAACUGGAAAUUAAGUUUUAGGAUAUUUUGUACCGAUCUUUUGGUUAUAAGAACUAAAGGAACUUUUAUUAGAACUGAAAUGCUGAUGUAAUUUUAUACAGCUACUGAGGUGAAUUGGGAUUAUUUUAUUUUGGCAGUUACCAGUUUUAAUGUGUACUCUGACUACAUAUGAGUUUUUAAAACUUUUGUGUAUUAAAGUGCACAACAUGAAUGGUUACCUCAGUUUUCCACUGAAUGGAUGCAUUGUACAAUAUUUUUUAAAACCAUAUUUUUGCAAAAAUAAACAUUUGCAUCCUUUUUUGUUUGUCUGAUGCACACAAGAUUUCAAAAAGUUGCAAGAUUUUUGCAUUAUUACAAAAGCCAUAGAGCUAAAUACCAGUAUUUUUAAAAUUAUAUCCAAGAAAACGUGGUGUGUUUUGCUGAAGCAAAACAUUGAGCCUUCCCCACUCGGUAUUCGCAAUAAAUAUUAAAUAUUAUCAUAUAUAUAAUUAUAAUACUUACCUGGCAAUAAAUAUCACCAGGUAACACCUUCUGAAAGAAAUCCCUUUGCAACUGCAAUCCAAGCCUUUUUUUCCAGAUUAUUUUGCUCAUGAGGGCUAUCCUACCUCUUUAUUUUGAAGAAAGUAUUCUUUCUUUGAACUUCAACUGGAUAUCCUAGUUCCUUAGCUUAAACAGUAAUGAAACAACACUAGGCCUGUUUUUUUAAGCAGUUAUUGCAUUCCAUGCUGGACUCCAUGGACAGGUGCUCUACUUCCUCCCAAGAGAAGGAAUGUGUACGUAAUUGUCAAUAACGUAUAUAGAUUGUAUUUGGUUUUCUUUAUUUGUGAGCAUUUUUAUUAUGUGGUUUACAAAGCAUGUAAUAUAUAGUAAGCCAUCUAAUUUGGUAAGCUGGUUCUUGGUUGUUUUAAUAAAACCUGCAUUUGAAUUAAAAAAUGGAUCUUCAAAAGAAUAUGCCAUUAAUUUAUUCUUUUGCAUAUUUGUACAGCAUUCUUUUAAACACUUUGUCUACUUUUACCUGUUAUAUAUGACCUGUUUUUGAACAGGAUGUCAAUAAAAAAAGUAUGAAAUGAAA